AUGACUUCUGGCUAUGCGCAUGUAAUGGACAGACAAGACUCACUGACUAGCCGUCUGGAGAGCCCGAUAUCAGCCAAACUGGAAACACUUCAGGCCAAGAAGAACUUCUCUGUCAGUCACCUGUUGGAUCUGGAGGAGGCGCGGGAGAUGGUAGGGGCUCAGGCCAACGAGAGCGCCGGGGAUGCGGGAAGGAGUAUGGUGGAGUCCCCGGGGCUGACCAGCGGCAGCGAUACGACGCAGCAGGAGAAUGAGCAUGUGAGUUCUAAGGAGAAGAAGAGAAAGCAACGUCGUAACAGAACGACCUUCAACAGCAGUCAGCUGCAGGCACUAGAGAGAGUGUUUGAGAGGACACACUACCCUGACGCCUUCGUACGGGAGGACCUGGCACGCAGGGUUAACCUCAUUGAGACACGGGUACAGGUGUGGUUUCAGAACAGGAGGGCUAAGUUCCGUCGUAACGAGCGUGCUAUGCUGGCCAGUAAAAAUUCCUCCAUGAUAAAGUCCUACUCUCGUGACCUCACGGCAGUGGAGCAGCCAAUCGUACCUCUCCCCGCCCCUCGACCCAACGACUACCUGUCCUGGGGCUCCUCUUCACCCUACAGUGCCAUGGCAGCGUACCCCCCCACCUGUUCCCCCACCACCUCAGCCCAGGGGAUGAACAUGGCUAACAGCAUCGCUAACCUCCGGCUCAAAGCCAAGGAGUACAGCCUCAACCAGGUGCCUACUGUCAACUGA